CGCAGGACCCGCGAAGCGCAGAGCCCGUACCCGGGUGAGCAUAGAGGGCACAGUACAACCCGCACAAUGGAUAUGAAGAAGAGGAUCCACCUGGAGCUGCGCAACAGGACGCCGGCUGAUGUAAAAGAGCUUGUCCUGGAUAACUGCCGGUCAAAGGAAGGAAAAAUUGAAGGUCUGACGGAUGAAUUCGAAGGACUGGAAUUUCUGAGCACAAUAAAUGUCUGCCUUAGCUCAAUUGCAAACUUACCAAAGUUAAACAAGCUGAAAAAGCUGGAGUUGAGCGAUAACAACAUCUCGGGUGGACUGGAAGUAUUGGCAGAAAAAUGUCCAAACCUCACACACCUCAACCUAAGUGGGAACAGGAUAAAGGACCUGAGCACAAUAGAACCUCUGAAAAAGUUAGAGCAUCUAAAGAGCUUGGAUUUAUUUAACUGUGAGGUUACCAACCUCAAUGACUACAGAGAAAAUGUAUUCAAGCUCCUUCCCCAACUCACAUACCUUGAUGGGUAUGACAGAGAUGACAAGGAAGCACCUGAUUCUGAUGCUGAAGGUUAUGUAGAGGGCUUGGAUGAUGACGACGAUGAAGAAGAUGAAGACGAUUAUGAUGAGGAUGCACCGCCAGGUGAAGAAGGUGAAGAUGAUGAGGAUGAAGAGGAAGGGGAGGAAGAAGAAGUGAGCGGAGAGGAAGAGGAGGAUGAGGAUGCUUACAGAGAAGGGGAGGAAGAUGAAGCUGAUGAAGAAGCAGAACAUGGGCAAAAGAGAAAGCGAGAACAGGACGAUGAUGGGGAAGAUGACGACUAAUCAAAAACUCUCUGAAAAUGAAAGAAUGGAGGACUGAGACCCAAAUUUUGAUAAAGAAAAAAAAAGAGGACUAAACCCUAAAACCUUUUCCAAAUUUUCUGUUGUAAUUUGACUGUUUCUACCUUGAAUUUCCCAGAUCUCUUUUUUUGUUUUUUUUUCAUUGUAAUUAAGCUGGACAGACACUGAGAAUGGAGAAUCACACCUUGUAUUCCUACUGUUGCUUUUGCAAGUCUUUCAACUUGUUCUUCAGCUGUUUUUCUCCUUAGCAGAUUCUGUGCAAUCUGAGUCAUAUAUUUGUUAGAAGCCCUAUUUACUAAUGUGUUUGAAUUAGUUUCAUGUCACUAAUGUUUUUUUUUGCCAGUAAAAGAAGUCUUAACAUUUUACUUCACUAGCAGUGGGUUUGCAGCAGGCCUGGUGGCAGCACCAAAUGUUUUUCCAAAAAAACAUUUGAAUCUGUCAUGACCUACUCCUUGACAUACUACUGCAGAGCCAAUUUCAGCCUAUUCAAUAAACUACUGAUGGGAAGUCUCGAAAAAGAACAGGCACAUACAGUUUACCUAGCAUUUCCCAACAAUGCUAUCUAAAGUCAUACAACAUGCACCCAACAGUAAGAUUUUAAGAUACAGGAAAUAUUUGUGCUCUCAUUGGUGCUGAGCAAGGAUCACCUAAAUGAUCACGAUUGUGUUACAUUUACAGAUUGAAAGACUGGCUUCUCCAGCUGGGCAUCCUCACAUCUAAGCAAUACUUUGUGUAAUCAUUAGUAAAGCUAAUUGAGCUUUCUGCCAUAUUCAUGAUAAUUUGCCCACACAGUGCACUUUUUCAUCAGGAUCUUUAAAAAAUGCAUUUGACUUUAGCAGAGAAAGCAGUACAGAAACGUCUACACGUAUUAAAUAGAAUAUAUUAAUAAGCAUAUGCAGAAUAUUCCAUCACCAUGUACAUGUUUUACUGAACAUUUCUAGAAAUCAAAUGUGAAAGUAAGUCAUUCUCAUAAAUAAGGGUAUACUUUCCCUUUAAAAGGUAUCCUCAGAAAUAUCUGUAAUUAAUCAUAACCAUGUAUGUUUGUGAGUGUUUUUGUAAUUUCUGCAGCAGAGAUUAUUAUAGUUUUUGUUUAGCAGCUGUCCUCAAGCAGCAGUAUGUGUAGUUUACUGUACAAAAACACGGAUUGUCCGCACAAAGCGACAGUGUUGUGAUGUCACUGAUGACCUCACAUAGCUGGAGGCUUUCCUUGGUUAGCUAGUGCUCCAUAUCUGUUACCUUGAAUCAACAGUGUGUAUUGAGAAAACUUAGGGGUAAAUUUCAGUGAACUUCAGUAUGAUGUAGACAAAGGGUUAUCUGAAAUGAUGUGUACACCUGCAUACAUAAUACUGACAUGUCAUUUUCAGAGAGUUUCCUUUCAGUGAGGGUAGGUGGCUGCAGUCCAUUUUCAGGAUAGAUUUUGAAAAUAUUUUAAAAGUAAUUAAAUGAGGAUUUUAUGUUAACUAUUUUAAGUUAAGCACCAGGCUUUAGCCACAGAUCAUGUUAAUAUCCAUAGUAAACCAGUUUUAUAUGACUCUUAUACCCAAUGUCUAUGUAUGAAGCGGCCAGCAGUCCAUUAGCCCUAAUCAACUCUACAAACAGGACAGACUUAAUGAUUAUUUUCUAUGGCUGAAGAAAUUCAAUAUAGCGGCAGGGACAGGACUAUGCCCUGGAAACAUCACAUUUGGAACUGUAUCAAACAGUGGUGCAGCGUGGAGUCAGGCUAAAAUAAAGCGGACAGUGGUUCCACCUUGAAAUGCCAGGAUUUGAAUUCAUUAUUUUAGAAAUGCAUUUUGCGUUUUUAAUAUGACUUCACUUUCCUCUAUCCGAGUACGGGAUUCGAUUUGAGAUUUGGAUUCGUCGCUGUAGUGAGGUUCUUUCCAAUUCAUCAAGGCUUCUGUGGUUUUUCAGAACUUGUUUCUUAUUUAGGAGUGACUCUUUAUGCCCUCUAUAUAAAUUAGCAGAUUAUAAUUGGCUUCCAUUUUGUCAGGAGAGCCAAACACUGCAGUUUGUUUGUCAUUGGUAAAUUUCAAUAAAACAGUUUUUUUGUACAAUU